UUCCGCCCGGUCUCCCGGCAACGCUGGGGUCCCGCUUACGUCAUGGCGCUCGAGGAGAACGCGGGGACCGAACCCUUGCUGCAGGGUUUCGAUCGCCGCUUCCUGGCGGCGCGCACACUGCGCUCCUUCCCCUGGCAGAGCUUAGAAGCAAAGUUAAGAGACUCAUCAGAUUCUGAGCUGCUGCGGGAUAUUUUGCAGAAGACUGUGAAGCAUCCUGUGUGUGUGAAGCACCCGCCGUCAGUCAAGUAUGCCCGGUGCUUUCUCUCAGAACUCAUCAAAAAGCCCUCGGGAGGCUCGGUCACACUCUCUGAGAGCACAGCCCUCAUCUCCCACGGUACCACAGGCCUGGUCACAUGGGAUGCCACCCUCUACCUUGCAGAAUGGGCCAUCGAGAACCCGGCAGCCUUCACUAACAGGACUGUCCUUGAACUUGGCAGUGGUGCCGGCCUCACAGGCCUUGCCAUCUGCAAGAUGUGCCACCCCCGGGCAUACAUCUUCAGUGACCCUCACAGCCGGGUCCUCGAGCAGCUCCGAGGGAAUGUACUUCUCAAUGGCCUCUCAUUAGAGGCAGACAUCACUGCCAUUAGCCCCAGGGUGACAGUGGCCCAGCUGGACUGGGACGUAGCGACGGUCCAUCAGCUCUCUGCCUUCCAGCCAGAUGUUGUCAUUGCAGCAGACGUGCUGUAUUGCCCAGAAGCCAUCGUGUCGCUGGUCGGGGUCCUGCGGAGGCUGGCUGCCUGCCAGGAGCACAAGCGGGCUCCUGAGGUCUAUGUGGCCUUUACCGUCCGCAACCCAGAGACGUGCCAGCUGUUCACCACCAAGCUAGGCCGGGCCGGGAUCAGAUGGGAAGCGGAAGCUCAUCAUGACCAGAAACUGUUUCCCUACGGAGAGCACUUGGAGAUGGCAAUGCUGAACCUCACACUGUAG